AUGUCGUCCAAGUCGACCAAGUCAGCCACUGGACCGUUGAGCCUGUUGCUGGCGGCCGUUGUGGUAGUCCUUGGCUAUCUCUUCUAUCCAGCAGCCUCCCCCACGCUGAAUCCCACCGUCGUAUUGCCUCAAGGUACAGUUCGAGGAGUCGUUCUCGAGCGUUCUGAUUUUGGCAAGCCCGUCGAGGCUUUUCGGGGUAUACCAUACGCUCUACCACCCGUGGGGCCACUACGCUUCGCCCGCGCACAGCCUGUGCCAGACUCCAAUGCCACCAUCAACGCUCUCGACUAUGGGCCCAGAUGCCCGGGCAAACAGCUCCUCGUUGUCCCUGGGACAGCAGCGAGCAGCGAGGACUGCUUGACGGUAAACGUCUUUCGACCCAUGGGCAAUCUCACCAACUUGCCCGUUGCCGUCUAUUUCCAUGGCGGCGCCUUCAACCGUGGCACGGCCAAGAUGCACGACACGGCCAGCAUGGUCUCGCACGCCGAGCCCUUCAUCGGCGUCUCCUUCAACUACCGCAUCGGCGCCCUCGGCUUCUUGAACUCCGCCAUGACAGCCAAAGAAGGCCUCCUCAACCUCGGUCUCCGCGACCAAACCCUCCUCCUAGACUGGGUGCAAACGAACAUCGCCUCCUUCGGCGGCAGCCCCAACGACGUCACCAUCAUCGGCCUCUCCGCCGGCGCCCACUCGAUCGGCCACCACCUCCUCAACCAGAAAGCCACCUUCCACAAAGCCGUCAUGGAAUCCGGCGGCCCCACCUCCCGCGCCCUGCACCCCUACAACUCGGCCCUCCACGAAUCCCAGUUCCAACACUUCCUCUCCCUCACUAACUGCACCGACCUGCCCUGCCUGCGCGCCUUACCCUCCUCCGCCAUCACCACCGCCUCCACCACGGUCUUCGACGCCUCCAACCCCUCCGUCCGCUGGGCCUGGCAGCCUGUCAUCGACGGCGACCUCGUCCCCGGCCGCUCCCUCGAGCAGCCCUGGCCAGCCCACAUCCCCAUCCUCACCGGCUUCGUGCACAACGAGGGCACCAUGUACGUGCCCAAAACCAUGUCGUCGGCCACCGAGUUCGACGACUUCUUCCGCACCUUACUGCCGCACGUCACGGAGCCCGUGGGAUUGCUGUACCCGCCCGAGCAGUAUGUCGAGUGGCGCGAGGGCCGCGGCGCGCAGUACCGCCGCGUCGAGGCCGCGUACGGGCAGUACGCGUACGUGUGUCCCGUGCGGCAGACGGCGAGGCUCGCAAAGGGGGAUGUCUGGCUGUAUCACUGGGCGGUGAAUGCGAGUGUCUUGGGCGGCGCGAAUCAUGGGGACCAGAUGUGGUAUGAGACCAUGGAUCCGGAGGUGCGCGCGGUAUCGGAGAGUCAGGAGACGCUGGCGCGCUGGUUUCAUGGCUAUGUGAGCGGGUUCAUCGUGCAUGGGGAUCCGAAUCGGGGGUUGGAGGUGGUGGCGGAGAGGCCGAGGUGGAGGGAGUGGCGGGAGAGUGGCGGGGAGACGAUGGUGUUUGGCUUGGGCAAUGACGAGAGGGCGGGUGGCGGCAAUGUGGGUGAGCUGGCGGUUUGUAGGAAGGAUGAGUGGGCGGAGAGGCAGUGUGACUUUUGGUGGGGGCUCAGCGGCAAGUAUGAGGACUGA